GUGGUUGGGCGCGGUGCCGUUGCCCCGCCCCUCGAGGCUCCGCCCCCUCGCGCGCCGGCGUCGGCUGCGUCUCCGGCAUUUGAAUCGCGCUUCCGCCAUCUUUCCAGCCUCAGUCGGACGGGCGCGGAGACGCUUCUGGAAGGAUCGCCGCGAUGGCCGCGCAGGGGGAGCCGCAGGUCCAGUUCAAGCUCGUGCUGGUGGGCGACGGCGGCACCGGCAAGACCACGUUCGUGAAGCGCCACUUGACGGGCGAGUUCGAGAAGAAGUACGUGGCCACGCUGGGCGUGGAGGUGCACCCGCUCGUGUUCCACACCAACCGCGGCCCCAUCAAGUUCAACGUGUGGGACACGGCCGGCCAGGAGAAGUUCGGCGGCCUGCGCGACGGCUACUACAUCCAGGCUCAGUGUGCGAUCAUCAUGUUUGACGUGACGUCCAGAGUUACCUACAAGAACGUGCCUAACUGGCAUCGAGACCUGGUGCGCGUGUGUGAGAACAUCCCCAUCGUGCUGUGUGGCAACAAAGUGGACAUUAAGGACAGGAAAGUGAAGGCAAAGUCGAUCGUCUUUCACCGGAAGAAGAACCUUCAGUACUACGACAUUUCUGCCAAGAGUAACUAUAACUUUGAGAAGCCCUUCCUCUGGCUCGCCCGGAAGCUCAUCGGAGACCCCAACUUGGAGUUUGUCGCCAUGCCCGCUCUUGCCCCGCCAGAGGUCGUCAUGGACCCAGCCUUGGCAGCGCAGUACGAGCACGACCUAGAGGUUGCUCAGACCACUGCGCUCCCAGACGAGGAUGACGACCUGUGAGGAUGUGCAGCGGCCCGGCGUCAGAAGUCUAGUUUUAUAGGCAACUGUCCUGUGAUGUCAGCGGUGCCGCGUGUGUGCCACUUUGUUAUCUAGCUAAGCAGACAUGUGCUUCAUCUUGGGAUGCUGAAGGAGAUGAGUGGUUUCGGAGUGAAUGUGGCAGUUACCCUUCAUUUGGACCUGCAUAUUUAGCUGUUUGGAACGCAGUUGUUUUCCUUCUUGAGUUUCAAAUAUAAGACUGCUACAGUCACAUCACAUUACUCGGUGGUGAAAUCUUGUUUGUUAUUGUCAUUCCCGUUCCUUUUCGUUUAGAAUCAGAAUAAAGUUGUAUUUCAAAUAUCUAA